CUAAGGAUUCUAAGAAUCAUUCUAGUGAUGACAUGUGGUUACAAAAAAAUGUUGCAAUGCUUCUCAAAUAAUAUAUAGGGGAUGAUGCCAUUCAAUAAUUACAUCACAUAUAAUCAUAUUAUGUGCGUACCAAUUGGGUCAGCUAGUAUUAUUACAUUACCAUUAUAACUGUUUUUCUUACAAUGACUACCAUUGGAUGGUUUUGAAGCUUUUUGGUAGUGUAAUUGUAGUACCAAAUUUGAAUGCAUGACCAAUAAAUCAAUUACUUUUGGUCAAUUUACUACAGUUAUAGCAAGCAAUUUAUACCAUGACUCGUAAUUUGUAACUUGACUAAAGUUUCAAUCAAACUAACCUUAAAUUCAAGAGAAUGCAAAUGUUGUUAAUCAUAAUUUAUAAAUUUGCUGUUUGACUCAAACUGUACUAUAUUAUCCUUAAAUUAAGAAAAAUAAAUACUUCAUAUGUUUCUUAAUGUUACAUAUUCUAGAUUUUUCACACAUUUUAAUAAAACACAUUAAAUUUGUAUAAUUUUUUUUGUUUAUCUUUGUUCCAUAAUUUUAAGCCAAUAAAAAUUCAGUAAGUGCAAUUAAGUUUUAAAUUUGCAAUUAGUUAAUAAAACAUGUCUUGAAAAUGUAAAAAAUAAAUCUUUUUAAAACAAAUUUGUUAAUUAUUCAUAUUUCAUAAAUUUGUUGCUUGACUAGAUUUUAAUCAUUCAUCCUUAAAUUGAGAAAAAACAAAUGUUGUUUAUCAUAUAAUUCAUAAAUUUGUACUUUGACUAGUUUAGUUGGAGAUCAUGUAAACAUUUUCAGUUUGCAAAACACGUAUUACUAAAGUAAAAAUACAAACAUUUGGUAGACACGAAUCAAUUAGUCCAAAGCAUUCUUAAAGUUUAGGUUUGAAUUGACCUUAAACAUAACAUGCGAUUCAACUACUUUUUCACAUUAAUCAUAAAACAUUACAAAUUUUGGGUCUGGCUGUGUAGUCAACUUUAACACCCAAACUAGAUUUUGACCCGUGCUUUCAAAGCGCGAAAUCAUUUCUUUUUAAAAUUUUAUUUAAAUCAAUAAAUAUUUGUCUAAUCUAUAUUUUAAUAAAUUUUAUAUUUGUUUAUAGUAAUUUUUUUAUAAUCUUAUCUUCUUUAUUUUUUUAUUAUAUAAUAAUAAAUUUGUGUACUAAUUAAUUAGUUAAAAGAUUUUAAAAUGGUAAACUGGUUGUAAAAAUUGAAAUUGAAAAAAUUAAUGGAAAUUUUUGUAAUUAAUUGGAAAAAUCAGGGGCAUAAUCCUAAGAAGUAUUUUGCUUUAAUAGUAUAGAUGCAUAUUAUUGGAGGAGCUGAUCAAAUUAGUCGAUAGGAUAUAUAAAAAACCAAAAAAAUAAAAAAAUUCCAUGAAAUUAAACCACUUUAUAGAACACUGAUCACCAUCCCAAAUAGCAAGCAGCACCCACAAAAAUAGAAGGCCUGGGCCCAUUUUCCACAGUGUGCUUAGCCUUAUCUAGGCCCACCAUAUUUGUCUGCACGAUAGAAGUCCGAUGAUCCCGGAAGUUUAGCUUCGUCUUCUUCUCCGUCUCUCUGGAGUCCCCCUAAAAAGAUAUCCCAACAAAAAUGGAGUUUCUCCGCAAGUUCAAAUUUCCCGCGAGAUCCAAAUCGCCGCUGUUCGUCUUUACAAUCGCCGGCGUAGCUAUCACCGCCGUCACCAGCAGCUCCGCCGUUUCUGUUUUCCGGGACUCUACUUCCAUUCACAACCCCAACAAAAUCGCGACGGCGGUGGAAGGCGUCGUCCGUUCUUCUCGCGCUAUCUACGCCAUCACUGUAACCGUCGCUGAUUACAAGUAUAGCUUGCGUAGAGUGACGGCUGAUUCUGAUGAGUAUCUUCAGAGAUUAACAGAGGUUCAUUCACGGUCUGCCAAACGACUUCUUAAACUGUGUGAAAGUAAUAAAGGUUUCUAUGUGAAAGCUGGUCAGUUCGUGGCCACGUUGAAGCUGGUUCCCAAAGAGUACUCUUUGGCCCUUUCCUCGUUGCAGGACCAGGCAGUUCCUUGUAACUUCCAAGAUAUCAAACACGUUCUGACAAGCAAUUUGGGUCGAAAUCUCUCAGAGAUAUUUUUAUCUUUUGAUGAGGAACCAAUUGCAGCAUCUAUUGCUCAAGUGCAUCAUGCUGUGUUAAAGGAUCAUCAGGAAGUAGCAGUAAAGGUGCAAUACCCUGGAUUGAAGCAGAACAUGAAGUUGGAUACAAUGAUCAUGUCGUUCCUUUCAAAAUCAGUUGUAAAGAUUUUUCCAGAAUACAGAUUUGACUGGCUGGUUCAUGAAUUCGUAAAGUCAAUUUCCCAGGAACUUGAUUUUAUACAGGAGGCAAAAAAUUCAGAGAGAAUUGCCACAAACUUCAAACAUAACAAAAUGAUUACUGUUCCGACAGUGUUUUGGGAGUUCACAACCGCUCAAGUCCUGACAAUGCAAUUCUGCAAGGGUUUCAAGGUUGACGAUGUGGAAGCCAUCAAAAGAACUAAUUUGAGUCCAGGAAAGGUUGCUAAACUGUUGGUUGAAGUGUUUGCUGAAAUGAUAUUUGUUCACGGAUUCAUACAUGGCGAUCCGCAUCCUGGAAAUAUACUAGUUUCUCCUGGAGGGCAGAAUGGCUUCUCUCUAGUCCUGCUGGAUCACGGAAACUGUAAGACAUUGGAUGAGGGAUUUAGGCAAGACUUUUGUCGGUUGUGGGAGGCUUUGAUUCUUCUAGACUCGACCAAAAUACAGGAAUUAGGAACACGGUUUGGGGUUGGACAAUAUGCCAAAUUCUUCCCUGUCAUCUUCACAGGCAGAACGAGUGAUAGCAAAUCAGGACUGGGAAAAGGAAUGUCUAUCCAAGAGAGACAAAAACUGAAGCAAGAGGUGAAGCUUCUGAGAUUGGAAGACGUAACCACUUUCAUGGGGUCUCUUCCACCUGACUUUCUCACCGUACUGCGAACAGAUGGACUCAUAAGGUCAAUCACAUUGAAGUUGAGUGCUCCACAACGUGUGAGAUUACUCGCGUAUGCCAAAUAUGCGGUAUAUGGGCUUGGCUAUAACCCGAGGUCUGAACCAGAUUUUGUUGAGAAGACGAUGAUCUCCAAAUCGGUGAUGUUAGUGAGCUACAUCCGCUUACGUCUUAUUCUGGAGUUGAUGGAACUUUUUCAAGGAGUGAAGAAGCUGAAACAUACCAUCUGUACCUUUUAUGGACGAGUCGUCGACGGCAUCACAAGAAGUGUAAAGGUAUCGAGUGUUACAUCCAUUGUAUGAAGGUGGUUUUUAUGCUAGAGAAAUUGGUUCAAAAAGAGUAUUAUUGAUUUGGAAUUAGAGAUAAGAUCAUCCAUUCUUUGGCAUUUGGUAGCUAGUCAGAACAAAGGACCAGUGAUAAAUGUAUGCCUCAUUUGUCUCGCAUGAAUUAAUGGUUAGCCUGUAAUUUUUACAGAUAACAGCAUAUGUGACUAGCCAAACUAUAAAAUCGCUGAUAUUGGAAUCUUCUUGUAUUAAACAAUUUCAGUCGAUUAUGCUAUAAAGAUCUUUGGAAUCUUA